AUGGCUCACGGCACCGCUACUCAAGUUCCACAAAUCCUCAUGGGACCUGCUCCUACAGUUCGGAAGCAGAACUCGUCUUGUGACCCCUGUCGCCGUUCGAAAAGACGAUGUGCCUUCCCGGACGGUAUCAAACCUGGGUCACCAAAUAGCUGCCUGAAUUGUCUCCAUCUGGGGCACAACUGCACGUUCGAUUUUGUCAAUUCCCGACUGAAUCAGAGGAAGAACAAGGCGAAGCAACCAGUCUCAUGUGUACAGGAACAGCCUAUCGCCCCAGCUAUCCGGAGAUCUGAGAAGCAGGUUGUUGUCCCUUUGUGCGCGGACCCGGAGCCCGUGGACUCCACUCAAAGAACCACGCAAAAUGCGCUCUGGGGUGGGAUUCCCUAUACCGGAUUCCUUGAUGUCGAUAUGUUCAUGGGAAAUCUGGUAUCGGAAUGGACCAACCUGGACCGCCAGGUGUUUACCACCGAGGCUCCAGCCACUGAACACUAUCAAAGCAGUAGCACAUCUUCCUCAACCACCCACAGCUCGGGCAGCCAUUACCAGACACCACCUAGAUCGCCCAGUGAUUUUUUUACCCGAAGAAAUUCGACGCUUGGGCUUUGGAGGGGCAGCCCAAUUCAUUUGCUCAAUUCCAGUGUCGAGACUCGGCGAAUAAAUCAAAGUCUCGGUGAGGUCUACAAUUCCAUGAUGUCAGGGAUCGCCGUCAGAUAUCUUGAUUACAACUGUAAUCUAUUCGCUGGUUCCUACAAGUAUUCGUUUGACCCUGAUCAGUCAAACCCGUCAACCUUGGAUAUUAACAGUGGCCAAUCUGUGGGCAACAUGUUUACGCCCUCUUGGAAGAACGCCUCGGUAGGCACUAACGGCUCCCAGAUUCACGCUAAUAUGGCACCGGAAAGACUGGCGAGUCAGAUUAACAAGGUUACAAUGAUUGGGGUGGCCCGAUUCUUGGACAACUUUGGCCCUCUGUACGGCAAUGCCAUUGAUCAGAAAACACGCAAUCAGAAUGAGCACACUUUGAUCGCUGUGCUGCAGGCGUUCGCUCUCCAGUUUGCACCGUCCAAGCGGGCGGAUGGUCCAUUGGCCCAGCUUUUCAAAAACCCGCCGGAUGUCAGUCAGUGCUCGGGACCAGACCCUGGGCCGGGAGAUCGGAGUACCAAUAGUACACACGUCUUCACUGCGGCCUGGUUCAAUGCACAUUCUCAUCUGGUUUCCUCGAGAGACAACCGAUCUUUUGUCAAGCUUUAUUCAGUCUUCCUCUUUCUAAUGACCAGUGUUCCUCCAGAAGCGGCGUCCAUAUCCUGUUACGAAGACACUCCGCUGGGCCUAUUGGACGAUGCUCUGCGCAAGAUGGAAGAGCUACAGGGCCUCGUGGAAGACUACUGUGUGCACUUGGGACGUCGAUCAAUUUAUCGCUUCCUCCUUCAGGCUUCUGUGGGCAUUAUCCGCUGGUAUGGCUAUCUGCGCGACACGAUUGAUUCCGUACUGCAUGAGCGACCUUGUAUGUUGGAAGACGCACCUCCAAGAUCAAACGAGACCCUCCUCAGUGGUCACCUAGCCCCAGAAUGGCACCAACCAGCUAUCUUCGAUCAGGAAGUUCCGAAGCAUUGCCAAAAUGCCGCAGGAGAUCUUUUCCGUGUUUUUAGGGGGGCUAUCAACCUGAGGCAGAUGCUUUUGACCAGCGACGCAGCGUUCAAUAUAGCCACGCUUAGGAAUGCGAUCACCAUAUCGAUGGGGAUCAACGACGAGUUUGCAUUGACAUAUGGCUCAUGGCUCCAGCAAUGCACCAUCUCUUUUUAUCUACUUUCCGAGAAAUCAAAACUAGCUUCAGCAUUUAUGCUAUUGUUUUGGAGCCUAGGCACUCUACUGCUCAUAGAACAGCUUCAUCGCGCAUCCAACCUACUUCCUGUCGCUGAGAGGCAGCCCCUGCUGGACAAGGCGCUGAUUUACCAGAGAGAGGCUGUUACGUCUCUUCUCACAAUAGCACAACGAAUUGUGGACGUAUCGGCAAUGGGCCAGUUUAGACUCAUCAACAGUGUUCAAGCAAAGAUGGAUUUCAUCUCACACCACGCAAAUACGGCCCUGGUGGUCCUGGCCCUCUCCAAGGCAAUCGAACAUACUAUUGACCUGCAUAUAUCAGCCGAUCAGCAUGGCGACUUGACUUCGACACGACUCUCUAACACGGAUCCAGACUCGGAGUGGGUUGCCAGUAUGAGGCCUUUGCUUACGUGCUUUUUGACGCUCGACUCUACUGUGUCUGGAGCGAUUACUGCGAGACCGGCGUUGCAGAGGCUUAUGCAUCAAUAUGGUGAUAUCCUGAUGGAUUGUUGGUCACACGAAGACGAGGACAAUCUAUCACAGUGA